AUGCCACCCAGCUUCGUUACCCUCACCGAAGAUGGGCGCCGGUUGACCCCCAGACCCGCGUACCCAACCGUCCACGCUGAGCUCGACACGUUUAUUAACGACACUACAACUAUGCAGGGAGAUGUCGACGUUCUCGACAAGUAUCUCACCGAGCACUCGCCAAGCUCCCCUGUUAGGGACCUUGUACCCACCGAAGAAGUGGCGAUCCGCCUGGAAUAUGCUCGGAAAAUAUUGAAGCGAAUCCGAAUGGUAGACAGUCAAUGGGAAUUCACAGCUAUGGAGCUGUCGGCAGUCAUGAUGGCGCCAUUAGACAUUUUCGAAAACCACAAGCACCUUCAACCCCACCACCUGUCCGACGAUCUGAAGAGGAUCACGGAUCUGAUAAAGCACUUCUUGGAUCCUCCUGUCUCCCCCGCGGCGCCGAAAAGUGCGGCCUCCACCGGCGCCAGCAAGCCGCGCAGGGCCUCAAAACGCAAGGCCAAAGAGGACGGCUCUGACGACUCCUAUGAGUCCGAAAUGGUCAGCAUAAAUCCCCAAACGGGUGAGGUCCGCCGGGGCGAGAAAGAUCAGGAAGCUUGCAUCCUCACGGCAACAGCAGACCCGGAUGUCUGCCACAUCGUCCCGUUCGCGUUCAACUCGACGCCGAAGAAUCUGGCCGACGCGCAAGCGGUGGUCAAGACUUGCUAUUGGGCCCUUGGAACCCAAGACAGCAUCGAACUGGCCAAGCUUGUUGCAUCGAGGGUUGGCAGUUCUCAUAAGGUGUGGAACAUCCCGGGCAUAAGCGUGUUCCGGCUCCAGUUCCGCUGGAUGCCUCGAAAUCAGCAAGGGAAUCAAAAUCCACACCGAAAGUUUGACCUUGAAGCUGGCGGCGGCCAAAGGAUGUUUUCGGAUCUCGAAGAACAGCCUGAACACAUCCGAGAUCUGCCAGAGGAGGGAGGCUGCGUUUCUAUCUUGAGAGGACAGUCGGGCAGAAAGCUGUUUUCCGGGCACACGGUCGAGAUGGAGAUGGAGAGCGGCAAGGCGGAGAAGAUGAAGAGAAUGAUCGACUUCCAGUGGGCAUUGAUUGCUCUCAACGCAUUGUCCGGCGCAGCCGGAUCACCGGAGCUCCAGGGCGGACCUCCAGAUGCAGACGGUCUGGAGAUGGUCACCAGUUGGCUCCUCAGCACCGAGUUUGAAGCGCUAGACCGCGACGAAGUGGCUACUUCCUCAAUAGAGGAGGAGGAGCCCGCUACUAGUGGGAUGACGAUGUCUCGCAGAUACACUACCUACGUGUGGAUUGGUGGCAAGUUCUAAUUAUCGCUAAGUAUUGUUGUUGCCCUUGCUGUUGCUGUCCAUCGCUCCUGCUGCUGCUAUCUAUUGCCUCUGCUGCGCCGGUCCAUUGUUCCUGCUGGUGUUGUGUAUCGCUCUUGCUGUCGCUGUGCAUCGCUCUUGCUGUCGCUGUGCAUCGCUCUUGCUGUCGCUGUGCAUCGCUCUUGCUGUCGCUGUGCAUCGCUCUUGCCAAUUUUGUUGCCCUCACCACUGCUUUAUUAUUACCAUUGCUGGUCACCAGCUAGGUACCUAGGUAGGUAGCUGCUCAUCACCGGGUUUGAUGGGCUAGACCGCGAUGAAGUGGCUCGAUGGAGGAGGAGGAGCCGGUACCAGUGUCUACAACGUCUAAGUCUGGAACACUAAAAACUAGGUGAUCUAGGGCAGCCAUAGGA